CCUCUCAUCAUACCUGGCAAACAUCACAUAGCAACGCUCUUGGUUCGACACCACCAUGAGAAGACCAAACAUCAGGGACGACUGUUCACUGAGGGCGCUGUGUGGGCCGCCGGUUUCUGGAUAAUUGGCGGCAAAAGGCGUGUGAGCAGCCUGAUCCACGGGUGUGUCACAUGUCGCAAACUGCGUGGCACCCCCCAAACACAGAAGAUGGCCGACCUUCCGGCAGACCGCCUCUCUACCGAACCUCCAUUCACGAACGUGGGCAUCGAUGUGUUCGGACCAUGGACCGUAUCAUCACGCCGUACGAGAGGUGGCCUCGCUCACAGGGCCCUGUGAAGCUCAUCCGUUCCGAUCGAGAAACCAACUUUGUCGGCGCUUGUAAGGAGUUGAAGAUCCCCUCGAACGUCGACAACGCUUCGGUCGAGAAGUUCCUCCUGGACCAAGGAUGUGCAUGGAAGUUCAACGUUCCACACGCCUCUCACAUGGGCGGUUCGUGGGAGAGGAUGAUUGGAGUACCACGAAAGAUCCUGGACUCAAUGUUCCUCCAGCUUGGAACUUCGAGACUCAGCCACGAAGCACUCUCCACACUGAUGGCGGAGGUUGCUGCGAUCUUCAACGCCAGACCUCUGAUUCCAGUGUCUACUGACCCGGACGAUCCUUUCAUUCUUACUCCAGAAACCCUCCUCACCCAGAAGGUGUGUGUACCUUCAGCCCCAGUCGGUGACUGGAUCAAAGACCUCCACAAGUCCCAUUGGCGCCAAGUCCAACAUCUGGCCCAAACGUUCUGGGAUAGAUGGAAGAAGCAAUACCUCGCAUCACUUCAGCCGCGACAGAAGUGGCAGGCUCCCACCCCAGACAUCCAGCCUGGGAGCAUUGUCCUUCUCAAAGACAAUCAGCUCGUGAGAAACGAGUGGCCUCUGGGACUGAUUAUUCAGGUCUUCCCUAGCAACGAUGGCAUGAAGUGCACUUUCACGUGA